CGUAACGUAGAUAGGACUCGCACCACUCCUGAGAGUCCACACCAAGUUAACUAAAUUGGAAUACGGGGGGACCAUUCACCACCGAGGGGGGUAGACUAUCAAACAAAGCCGGGAAGGGGGCUAACGAGAAAGACCACAAAUACACAAUAAAUCGGAGGUCCAUCUGAAUUCAAAUAGGCGGGGCACGUGCCCAAUGGUCGAAGGACAUAGACAGUGUUGUGUUGAAGGGCUGCUCAAUCAUGUCUCUCUCCGCCUAGUGGGAUUACUGACUCGAUGCAGUUUCUGCAAAUAGGCAGUCAGUUACGCGAAUGAAUUCCUCUCCCAGACAACAGCUAGAAAACACCAACAUGUCAGCAAUGAGUCGCAGCAUUGUGCGCCAAAGUAAGUUCCGUCAUGUCUUCGGCCAAUCAGCGAAAGCAGAGCAAGGAUAUGAUGACAUCCGUGUUUCCAAGGUGACGUGGGACAGCUCCUUCUGUGCCGUCAACCCCAAAUUUCUCGCUGUCAUAGUGGAAUCCAGCGGAGGGGGUUCCUUCCUGGUUCUACCUCUCUCUAAGGUUGGGCGUUUGGACUCGAAUUACCCCAUGGUGGUUGGCCACUCGGGCCCUGUCUUGGACAUUGACUGGUGUCCCCACAAUGACAACAUAUUGGCCAGCGGCUCUGAAGAUUGUACUGCUAUGAUUUGGCAGAUCCCCGAUCACACCCCGUCCCGCCCCAUAUCUGAGCCUAUCGUAGUUUUGGAGGGCCACUCCAAGCGCGUGGGCAUCGUGACCUGGCACCCCACUGCCCGCAACAUCCUCCUCACUGCCGGCAGUGAUAACCUGAUCAUCGUCUGGAAUGUGGGCACGGGGGAACCCCUGAUCUCCAUGGACGACCACCCUGACCUCAUCUACAAUGUCAGCUGGAACCGCAACGGUAGUCUCUUCUGCACCACCUGCAAGGACCGCAGGCUGCGUGUGUGUGACCCACGCAAGAGGGAGGUGGUAGCGGAGAGAUUGGCACCUCAUGACGGCAUGCGGCCAAUGCGUGCCAUCUUCACCAGGGAGGGCAACAUUUUCACCACAGGCUUCACCAGGAUGAGUCAGAGGGAGCUGGGCUUGUGGGAUCCGACAAAUUUUGAGGAGCCCAUUGCACUACUCGAGUUGGACACCAGUAACGGGGUCUUGUUGCCAUUCUAUGAUCCAGACACCAACUUGGUAUAUCUUUGUGGAAAGGGUGACAGUAGCAUUCGUUAUUUCGAGAUCACAGACGAGCCCCCAUAUGUGCACUACCUCAGCACUUUCAGUAGCAAGGAGCCCCAGAGAGGGAUGGGCUUCAUGCCUAAGAGAGGGGUGGAUGUCAGCAAGUGUGAGAUUGCCAGGUUAUAUAAACUCCACGAGAGAAAGUGUGAGCCCAUCAUGAUGACCGUUCCCAGAAAGUCUGAUCUCUUCCAGGAUGACCUCUACCCAGACACCGCGGGCCCAGAGCCUGCCCUGGAGCCGGAAGACUGGCUGGAGGGGAAGGAUGACGAUCCCAUCCUGGUCUCCAUGAGGGACGGUUACGUCCCCCCGAAGAGCAGGGAGCUCAAAGUCUCCAAAAAGAACGUUCUAGACUCCAGGCCAGCAACUCGCCGGAGCGUGUCCGCUUGUGACGCGAGCAACUUGCCGCCAGAGCUGGUGGAGAAGCUUCUGGAGGAGAUCCACAGCCUCAAGGCUACAGUGCUCUCUCAGGAUAAACGAAUCUGUGACUUAGAGAAUAAGCUGUCACAGUACACCAAUGGAACGGCCUGAUAUUCCCCCCAAUAGCCCCUAACACCAAUCCCCCCACAAACGCACACACACACAAUCACACCACCAUUUUCCAAUUAGCAUGUCCUCAGAGAGAAAGUCACCAAGCCACUAUCAUCACUUCCUUUCUAGCACUCCCUCUUUUGCACUAAAGAAAAACAACAGGCCAUACAGUUGGCCAUGUAUUAGGACCCUUUGGACCCUUACAGUCACGUCAUUGUGCCAUCUCAACUAUAUUUCUCCAUGCCUAAAGGCAAAUGAUGUAAAAGUGGCCAAAAGGGUUAGUGCCCAUAGGUGAGCUCACUGAGCCAUGGUAAGAACACACCUCACCAUAUUUUCAAACUUACCUUGCCUGAACUUGGCAGGCUCUUUUUUUUUUGCACAUUUAAAAUUGUAAUGUAUACAUAUCUGCAUUUCAUACACAAUGAGCUUUAAAGGAGCAUCAACUGAUUAAGAGCACAAGACUAAACCAAAUAUGAGUGGAAAGCACAGGGAUUCCUAGUGUGCAUGGCAUACUGCUUUGGCAAAACAGGAAUCAUUAGAUAGUAUCGUUAUGGAAUGUGAUGGACACUGUAGGGGAUAAAAACUCUCUUCAGCUGGUCCUCUCAAAAGAAGUCUUGAAAGGUUCUGAUUAGAACUCAUAAGCAGAUCUCCACUUCAAGUGACAAUAUUUACCGUUAGGUGAUAUAGGUGUUUGUGUUGGUGACUAGUGUCCAUGUGAAGGGAGCCUACUAGCCAAUGCUGUCGCCAAAUUUCCAAUACUUUAACAAUAAAUUGCUAACUAGUUUUUUCUAACUGUGCUGUUGUUAGUUAUUUUUUGCCGUUAGCUAGUUAGGAACAAAAACUUCUUACUGCAGCCAUAAAGUGACCUUUUUAGAACAAAGAUUUAUUGUAGAAUAAUUGGCUUCGAGAUUACACCCUUUUUGGUAACACUCAUACACACAACCAUCUUCAUGGUAAUGUAGUGAAAGGCUGGUCUGCUGUAGGCCUGAAUGGUUUUAAGAAAAUAACUUUUCAUAUCAGUUCUAGAUCAAACCUUUCAGAGUUCCUUCAUGAGAUAAAAAGAAGAAGCUUUUUUCCACGUGUACAGUAAGUGGUUGCAGAGGGAAAGUGAUCAAUAAUGAGCAAAGCCUGAGUGAAAUAUACAUUUGAAGUACUUGAGAGAAGAUUUAGACAUUAUUGGACAAAAGUCUCGAUGCUUCAAAUAUAAAUUUGAUUGUAGGUAUCUGGAACAGGAUGUUUUAGAGUAAGUUCAUCUGAAAGCGAAUCUGAAUGUUUCUAGGACUCUGUUUGGUUUAUUUUUUUUUAAUUAUUUUUUUUAUCUUAUACGAUUUUCUCAAAAAUAUAUAUUUUAACACUCCCUUUUGAUAAUCCCUUAACUAUAUUCAUCCGUGUAUCAUUUAUUUACUUUUGGUAAAGAACUAUUGGAAGUCAAUAUGGUCAAAGACCAUCUUUCAUUAUUUCAAAGGGUAUUGUGACAUAUGUUCAGUUAAUUUGAACAUAAGAUGUGCCUACAUACUGUCUGCAAUCAAAACAUAACUUUGCUGACCAACGACUCAUAUUACACAGUCGCUACCCUGACCCAAGACCAAGUGCCUUACCCAGCCGUCAUAGCCUAACAGCGCAAAGACUUCUUAAGCCUUUCAACAUGUAAAUAUAUACUAAAAACAGAAACAAAUUGAAAUAUGGAAAAAUAUGAAAAAUGGAAAAAUUACACAAAACCAGAAACAAAUAUUGAGAGAAAUAUUUUGAGUGUUCUGUUGAUGAUAUAUGAUGACAUCAAUAAAACAUCCUUUUGUAAUAAAAA